AUGGUCGCUAUCAAAACAUACGAAUUGAGAACUAAAUCCAAGGAAGAGUUGGAAAACCAAUUGGUUGAAUUGAAAAAAGAGUUGGCCAACUUGAAAGUUCAAAAAAUACAAAGACCAAGUUUACCAAGAAUCCACAUUGUUAGAAAAAAUAUUGCUAGAGUGUUGACCGUUAUAAACUUGAACCAAAGAGACAAUGUUAAAGCUUUCUACGAGGGUAAGAAAUACCAACCAAAGGACUUGAGAGCUAAAAAGACCAGAGCAUUGAGAAGAAGAUUGACAAAAUAUGAAAGAUCACAGGAAACUGAUAAGGCCAGAAAACAAAGAAUCAGUUUCCCACAAAGAAAAUUCACCAUCAAAGCUUAA